UUGUGCUUCUACCAAGCAUUUCCUUGUAGAGAUGCCUUUUUUUUCCCCUCAACUGAUAUUCUUUCACCUCUUUCAUCUGCUGAGGGAGUUACCUUUCCACUUUCCUUUAUUUUAUUUCCUCUGUUUUUUCCUGCUUAAUUUGUAAAUAUAAACAUUCUCUGAAUCUUUUGAAGGGAACAGUUAGGCGUUUGUACUAAUUGGUUCCUCUCUCUCUCUAAACUUGGGUCAUUUUUAAAACCCUGAGAGUUUUGAAGUUUUUAAGGCUCUUUCCCCAAAAACUAACCCCACUGUUCAUUUUCUCCUCCCUGACCUCCACCAGAGUUCCAUCCAAAUGGAAAAUGGUUUCUCUUCUCCUAGAUGCGAUGCGUUUCCUGUUGGGCUUCGUGUUCUUGUCGUUGAUGAUGACCCAACGUGGCUGAAAAUCCUGGAAAAGAUGCUCAAGAAGUGCUCUUAUGAAGUGACAACAUGUUGUUUGGCAAGGGAGGCUCUGAACUUGCUUAGGGAGAGAAAAGAUGGAUAUGAUAUUGUAAUCAGCGAUGUAAACAUGCCCGAUAUGGAUGGUUUUAAACUUCUCGAGCAUGUUGGACUCGAAAUGGACCUGCCAGUUAUCAUGAUGUCAGUCGACGGAGAAACAAGCAGAGUAAUGAAAGGGGUUCAGCAUGGGGCUUGUGAUUAUCUUCUAAAGCCGAUACGAAUGAAAGAACUUAGGAAUAUAUGGCAGCACGUACUCCGAAAGAAGAUACAAGAGGGGAGAGACAUUGAAGGCCAUGAUAUUAUUGAAGGCAUCCAUAUCCUAAGAAAUGGGUCAGACAGAUAUGAUGAUAGCCAGUUUCUAAGAGGAGAGGAACUAUUUUCAGUGAGGAAAAGAAAAGAUGUUGAUAAACAUGAUGACAAAGACUUUGGAGAUACUUCUACAAAGAAAGCAAGAGUUGUUUGGUCAGUUGAUCUGCAUCAAAAAUUUGUAAAAGCAGUAAACCAGAUAGGUUUUGACAAAGUAGGCCCUAAAAAGAUUCUUGAUCUGAUGAAUGUCCCAUGGCUGACUAGGGAGAAUGUAGCUAGCCACUUGCAGAAAUAUCGCCUCUAUUUGAGUCGGCUGCAGAAAGAAAAUGAUCCUAAAGCUUGUUUUGUUGUUGGGAUGAAACAUACUGAUUCAAGUUCGAAGGAUGGAGAUGGCAACUUUGGCCUUCGUAGCUCGUUAGUCGUGCAACAAAAUGAUGUUACAAAUAGCAGCUUCAGUUUUUCAGGUGAUAACUUUCUUCUUCAAAAUGUAGACUCCAUAGGCUGUGAAGUUGAUAGGAAAAGGAUUGUUCAAGAGCACACAUCAGAGCCAAAAAGACCUGCUGCUAGGAGUGUUCCUGAACCAAUCAAGACGCGAAGUACGCAGAUGAAAUUUAAUAACUCUUUUGAAUCUGAGGGAAAAUUUGCAGCAUUUGAUCCAAACAACCGAACAUGUUACCCUUGGGUCGAAGCUCCAGAAAUACAGUUCAAACAAGAAAGUAAGCCACUCGUGCAUUUAGAAAGAGAUUUCAGCCAGUUUCCUCCCAAGGUUUCGCCACAUCAAGUUCAAAUCGACCAACUACAGUCGAUUUCAUCCAUUAGUUCUGGGCGGUCAGCAACAGAGAAAGAUAUAGCAAGCUCCAUUGAAAGUAAGCCUCCAUAUUCUGAGGACUGUAGCCAGCAGAUUAUCCAUAUAAAUCUACCAAAAACUUCAACUGAUUCAUUUUCAGGCAAGUCUAAGAGUUUUAAUGGGAUGAAUGACCAAUUUAAGCCCAUUUCAACUACUACCACUCCAUUGGGAAUGACAGACCAGAAUUUCAAUCUUAGCUGCAAUUCUGAUUUGGGAAGUGGGUUACCUAAAACAACCUUUGAUGAAGACUUGCAAAUUUAUUUGCUUCAAGAUGUUUGUUAUCCAAAGAAUCUUGAAGAUCAGAUUAUAGAGUUUCCAGAUUACGGCGAUCCUGGUAUCUUCACUGAUGUUCCGCCUCACCUUUACGAUGCAUUAAGGUACGGGUAUGAGUAUUCCUAUGACCCAACUGAAUAUCCAGUGAUAGAUGAAGGCCUAUUCAUCGCAUGAUUAUGCUAUUUACACACUCCCUGUAUGCAAGGAAGAAUUAUGUCUUGCUAAUAAGUGAGUUCUCAACUUAAUGGAUUGGAUAUUACCUUCCCAACCUAUUGGGAUUUGGAUUUUGAAAUGUGUAUAUAGAAGUAAUGAAAACUUUUUCCAGUAUAAUAACUAAUAA